CCGACCUCUACUCUUCAUGCGCGCAUCGUCCCCUCGUGUCGUGUUGUAGUGGCACCUGCCAUCUUCCUCUGCAGCUGCGUCUUCUACCAUCAAUGCCUUGUUUACCAAAUAAACUUCUCGAUUAAUCCACUUGUUCGAUCCCUCCCCAGCUCUAAUAAUCCCUGUGGCACCAGGCAUCUCGGGUCCCUCGCAGCUAGGGUGCGGCUGCCAUCACCCAGUCAACCAACAGCCGCUCGCCACUCGACAUCCAAAACUCGCAUUAUCGCAAUCAAACUUGACCACUCCCGUUCUGUUUUGAACACUACAGCUCCCCACCGGCGGCAAAGACGGACGCGCAACGACUCACACCCCCCCCUCCCACGAGUCACUCUAUGAUAUCGUGCGCGCCAACUCAUCCCCAGCUUUUGCGAUCAAGGCCCGGAACUUCAACGCGCAACGCCGACUCAUUGUAUCGCGCUACAACAGCAACAGCCAGCAUCUGAUACCGUCAACAAGUGCCUUCCGCCCUGGAGAGGAAGCUUCAUCAUGGACGCCAAGCCUCAGCGCCCGUUGCGGCCAUUUGCAGCUCAAGUUCUUCACAACGAAAACUUGCCCCUCAGUACCACCAGCAACGCUCCAAAAAACGGCCAGAAGCACCAGGGUGCGUUGAAUGGUACCACGAAUGCUGGAGGGCUUAGGGGACCUGUCAAGCGAGCUGCCUUUGGAGACCUCAGCAACACGUCUGCACCCACCUUCAGCCAGGCCACCAAGAGUCUUGUGAAGCACACAGCAAACACGGCCAAGAUGGUACCUUACAAGGACGACAACAAGGAGAACGCCAUCAAGGCCGGCAAGGCCAAAGAGGCCUUCCUGAGGCCAGCGCAUCGGCCUACCAACGGACCGAAGCCGUCGUCGAACACAGCAGGCUUCUCGCAGACCGAGACUCGAGGACAUGCCGUUGUGAGACAGACUGCCGCCAAGAAGGCAACUUUUGUCUACGCAGAUGAACCCCAGCAAAAGCAACAAACCCUCAGCCGCCAAUACAGGAGCCAGCCCUACCUCAGAGCCGCCGACGCGCCCAUCUUGCGCCGGACACAAAGCAAACACAACAUGCAGGAGGAGAAGCCGUACGAUGUAGAGGACGACCUCGACGAAACGCCCUACGAGGACGCGGUGGAGGAGCUCCCUCGACGCGACGUGUACUUCCCUGCGGAGUUGCCAUCUGCGGAACAUGUGCAACCGCACACGACUGCUGAUGCAAAGCCCUCGCAGAAUCCACCCGCGCCAGGUUCCCUACACUCGCUACAAGAAGUGCCUGCCGCCACAGAGACGGAAGAGUACUGGGACGAGGACGACGACGAGGAUCUGUACGAUGAGCAGGGGUACACGACGGCCCAUUCGUUCAGGUCACACGGCGACAAUACCACCACCGGCGCAACGACCCUCCUUGUGCCCAAGGUGACCUCCCGCAUCCAGGAGGAGCUAGAAGAGGCAAAAUUCUACGUCGAGGACAAUCGCCUGCAGGAUGACAUCGACGAGGAAGAGUGGGACGUGAGCAUGGUCGCAGAGUACGGCGAAGAGAUCUUCCAGUACAUGCGGGAGCUCGAGAUCAAAAUGCUGCCAAACCCUCAUUACAUGACAGAGGUCCAGGCUGAGAUCCAGUGGUCCAUGCGCUCCGUGCUCAUGGACUGGCUUGUUCAGGUCCACAACCGAUUCUCUCUGCUCCCCGAGACUCUCUUCCUUACCGUGAACUAUAUUGACCGCUUCCUUUCGAACAAGAUGGUGUCGCUCGGUAAGCUCCAGCUGGUUGGUGCCACGGCCAUUUUCGUUGCAGCCAAGUACGAAGAGAUCAACUGCCCCUCCGUACAAGAGAUUGUCUUCAUGGUCGACAGCGGCUACACCGUGGAUGAGAUCCUCAAAGCCGAGCGUUUUAUGCUGAGCAUGCUCCAGUUCGAGCUGGGCUGGCCUGGCCCCAUGAGCUUCCUGCGUCGGAUCAGCAAGGCUGAUGACUACGACCUGGAGACACGGACCCUGGCAAAGUACUUCCUGGAGGUGACCAUCAUGGACGAGCGCUUCAUAGGCUGCACGCCCAGUUAUCUGUCCGCCGGUGCCCACUGCCUGGCACGCUUGAUGCUCAAGAAGGGCGAUUGGGUGAGUUCACACCCAACCUACGGUCACCGUAUCGACGGCCAUAAGCUAAACUCCCUCUGGUCGCUCGGGCAUAUCCACUACUCCGGCUACACCUGGGCUCAAAUCAAGCCCCUUGUGGCCAUGCUGCUCGAGUGCUGCCGGUCUCCACAGAAGCACCACACUGCCGUCUACGAGAAGUAUGCCGACCGACGGUUCAAAAAGGCUUCCAGCUUCGUCGAGGAGGAGGUGAACAAGGGAUUUGUCCUUCCCUUUGGCCACUCGGUCCCACGGCUGUCCCUGUGCGCUGCUUCCCAUGAGCCCUCUGCUUCGCUGAAGUUCCCCCUCCCGGACCUGGUCCUUGCCGAGUCCUGAAGGGCGGCCCUGCCUGCGCCUGGGACCAGGCGCCGAUUCAAACAAACACAUUGCAUUUCCUCUGUAUAUGCUUAGGAAGCCACAUACGCAACCCACAUCUCGGAACAGGUGUGAUUUUGUUGCUCAUAUGGCUACCAUCCACCGCAGCGGCCGGAAUGGAACCAAAACUUUCUUAAUAUUUCUUUGGCAUAGACGACCUCGAGUAGCGAGGCACAAUGCGCUCUCGCCCAUCUUGUCCAAUCCUGUGCUCGGAAGGGCCAGCGGACUGCUGCCUGCGAGCGAUCAUGGUCUUUCUUGACCGUCCCCGACCUUCGGUUUCUUCAAACGGCCACCACGCCUUGGCCGGCUGCCAGGCAAAUCAUCAGUCCACUACCGCCCGUGGCUUGUAGCCUUCACGCUUCUUUUCCUCUGAUACCUCUCACGAUACCUCACGAUACCAAUUUACACCACCUGAUGACUCGACGAUAAAAACGAUGACGACAUGCGAAUGAUUCUUUCCGAUGGUUCUGUUGUGCGUUGCAUUCUGCUUUCCAGCUUUUCCUACAACACUUUAAUGGCAGAAAAGGGCUGUGGCACUCUGCGUUGGCGUUAGGCUUUAUGAGGGGUGGUGUUAGAUAUAGGAGUGGACAGGAAGAGCAGUGAAAAUCUGUGGCCGGGCGUUUUGCCAUGGGCCCAUGGUGGGUAGACGGACCUGAACUAUGGCGGUGGUCCGGUUAUCCCAUGCAGCUUUUGCCUCGAGUGGGCCAAGACAGAAGAGCUCCUGGCAACGGCUGGUCAGGCUGUGAGUGGCAGGGAAGGUUGUGUAUGAAGCAUAGUUGAAUUUAGAAGGAGCAAAAGAAUGGUGUUAUAUUGUUACAGUGUGGGCUCUGUGACAUUUGGUGUGUCCCCGAGCUUCAUUGUAUGGGUUGAACGCCUCUAACCUGCAUGCGUUGAUGCAUUC